UCUUCUCCCUGUUGAACGGGAGUACACGGAGCGGGAGUGAGUGAGGUACGGACGGCCCUUCGGAUGCUCGGCCGCGGGGGGGGAAGAAGCUGCUGCGGAUAUCCGUCUCAUACCUGCCACAAAACGGGCUCCCGUCUCGUCGCCUAAUUUUUCCCCCCUUCUUCUCCGCUUGCCGUUUUGCGUGAAAGCUAGACAUACAUAUACGUAAAAAAGCCUGGUUUGUUUCGUAACGCGCUGCACCGGUAGCAGCGCGGAGGGAAAGAUCUUUGUCGAGGAUGCGGAUUUAACAGAAAGACGUUAUCUGUGUCACCUGGGAUUUUUUUUAACCGUUAAAAUUCGAAUUAGCGUAGUCGCACGCGUCCGUAGCAGAAGAUAUCGUUCAUGUCUGGUGAAAUAUCGCACAUAGUGACGCGAUAGUAAUAAUAUCGACAGCCACUGUAGCUGAAGACAAAAUAAGAGCCUAGACACCAUGAGCACCAUCUCGCCGACGGACUUUGACAGCUUGGAGAUCCAGCAGCAAUAUAAUGACAUCAAUAACCGCUGGGACCUGGCAGCAGAGACAGACUGGGAUAAUGAGAACAGUUCAGCACGCCUCUUCGAGCGAUCACGCAUCAAGGCUCUUGCAGAUGAGCGUGAAGCAGUACAAAAGAAGACCUUCACCAAAUGGGUAAAUUCUCACUUGGGCCGAGUGACCUGUCGCAUUGGUGACUUGUAUACUGACCUGCGUGAUGGCCGCAUGCUUAUCCGCCUCCUGGAAGUGCUCUCAGGAGAACAGCUGCCAAGGCCCACCAAAGGCCGCAUGCGUAUCCACUGCCUGGAGAAUGUUGACAAAGCCCUGCAGUUUCUCAAGGAGCAGAAAGUCCAUCUAGAAAACAUGGGCUCACAUGACAUUGUGGACGGGAAUCAUCGUCUCACUCUUGGUCUCAUCUGGACCAUCAUCCUUCGCUUCCAGAUCCAGGACAUCAGUGUGGAGACAGAGGACAACAAGGAGAAAAAAUCAGCUAAAGAUGCCCUGCUGCUUUGGUGCCAAAUGAAAACUGCUGGAUACCCCAAUGUCAACAUCCACAACUUCACGACCAGCUGGAGAGACGGUCUGGCGUUCAAUGCCAUUGUGCACAAACACAGACCCGACCUAAUUGAGUUUGACAACCUCAAGAGGUCCAAUGCGCACUACAAUCUCCAGAAUGCUUUCAAUGUGGCUGAGAAGGAACUGGGGCUAACCAAGCUGCUGGACCCAGAGGAUGUUAAUGUUGAUCAACCUGAUGAAAAAUCCAUCAUUACCUAUGUGGCCACCUACUACCAUUAUUUCUCCAAGAUGAAAGCCCUGGCAGUGGAGGGCAAACGAAUUGGCAAGGUCCUGGACUAUGCUAUUGAGGCUGACCAGCUGAUAGAGAAGUAUGAGACCCUGGCGUCGGAGCUGCUGCAGUGGAUUGAGCAGACUAUAGUGACGCUCAAUGAUCGGCAGCUAGCUAACUCACUGAGUGCUGUGCAGAACCAGCUCCAGGCUUUCAACUCCUACAGGACUGUGGAGAAACCCCCCAAAUUUACAGAGAAAGGAAACUUGGAGGUUCUCCUUUUCACUAUACAGAGCAAAAUGAGGGCAAACAACCAGAAAGUCUACAUGCCAAGGGAGGGCAAACUGAUCUCUGACAUCAAUAAGGCCUGGGAGCGUCUGGAGAAGGCAGAGCAUGAACGAGAGCUGGCACUGAGAAAUGAAUUGAUUCGCCAGGAAAAGCUAGAGAUGCUUGCUGCACGAUUUGACCGCAAAGCAGCUAUGAGGGAGACAUGGCUUAGUGAGAACCAGAGACUGGUGUCCCAGGACAACUUUGGAACUGACUUGGGAGCAGUGGAAGCUGCCACCCGUAAACACGAGGCCAUUGAGACAGACAUCGGGGCAUAUUGGGAGCGUGUGGCUGCUGUUGAGGCUGUUGCCAAGGAGCUGGAAGCAGAGGGGUACCAUGAUGUGCGACGUAUAAUUGCAAGGAGGGAUAAUGUGCUUCGACUCUGGGAAUACCUAAAAGAGCUUCUGACUGCGCGCAGAGAGCGACUAAAUGCCCAUCGUGACCUACAGAGACUGUUUCAGGAGAUGCGCUACAUCAUGGAUUGGAUGGCUGACAUGAAGGGUCGCUUGCAGUCUCAAGACAGCGGCAAACAUUUGCAUGACGUGUUAGACCUGCUGCAGAAACAUACUCUGGUAGAGGCUGACACUUCCGCUCAGGCAGAAAGGAUCAAGGCAGUGCAGGGAGCUGCACAGCGCUUCACCUCCUAUGAACAGGCCUACAAACCUUGUGAGCCGGGACUAGUUAGUGAGAAGGUUGACCUACUGGGUCAAGCUUACGAGGAGCUUGGUCAGCUUGCUGGGCAACGCAGAGAGCGCCUAGAGGACUCCCGCCGCCUGUGGCAGUUCCUGUGGGAUCUUGGAGAGGAGGCAGCCUGGAUCAGAGAACAGGAGCAGAUCCUGGCCAGUGGAGACUGUGGCCGUGACCUCACUUCUGCCCUUCACCUACUCAGUAAACACGAGGCUUUCAGGGAUGAAAUGGCAGCCCGCUAUGGCCCCCUGAGUAACAGCAUUGCUGCCGGAGAAGCUUUGAUUAAGGAGGGACACUUUGGAGCCCCACAAGUCACAGAGAGGAUUCAAGAUAUUCGUGCCCAGUGGACACAUCUGGAGGAGACCACUAAGCUCAGAGAACAGAGUCUUAAGGAAGCAGUGGCCCUGCACCAAUUUCAAACCGAUGCCAAUGACAUGGAGGCAUGGAUUAUGGAGACACUUAGACAAGUGUCCAGUCAGGAGGUAGGCCACGAUGAGUUCUCCACCCAAACUCUAGCUCGCAAGCAGAGGGAGAUAGAGGAGGAGAUCCAGAGCCACCAUCCCCUCAUCGACUCCCUGCAUGAGCAGGUCCAAGCACUGCCACAGGCCUAUGUGCAUGUCCCAGAGGUGGAUGGCCGCCUACCUGCUAUUGAGCAGCGCUAUGAAGAACUGGAGUCUCUGUCAGCAGGUCGGCGCCAGGCUCUGGAGGGUGCCUUGGCCCUGUACCGCAUGUUUAGUGAAGCUGGUGCCUGUCUGCUCUGGGUGGAGGAAAAGGAGCAGUGGUUACACGGCAUGGAGAUCCCCACUAAACUGGAGGACUUAGAGGUGGUGCAGCAGAGAUUUGAGACACUGGAACCUGAGAUGAACAACCUAAGUACUCGUGUCACUGACGUGAACCAGGUGGCCGAACAGCUGCUGAGCUCCGACAACUGUAACAAAGACCAAAUCCACCAGACACGAGACCAACUGAACAACAGAUGGAAGGAGUUUGAGCAACUGGCUGGUCAAAAGAAACAAAGCCUAGAGUCUGCUCUUAACAUUCAGAAUUACCACUUGGAGUGUAAUGAGAUUCAAACUUGGAUGAAGGAAAAGACCAAGGUGAUUGAAUCUACUCAGAGCCUGGGCAAUGACCUGGCUGGGGUGAUGGCACUGCAACGAAAGCUCACUGGCAUGGAGAGGGACCUGGAGGCCAUUCAGGGCAAAUUAGAUGACCUGAGAAACGAGGCAGAAAAGCUGGCUAAGGAACAUCCAGAUCAGGCUGGAGAGAUCCAAGGUCGCUUGGCAGAGAUUCAAGAAGUGUGGGAGGAGUUGAACGCCACCAUGAAGCGCCGUGAAGAGUCAUUGGGUGAAGCCAGCAAGCUUCAGGGCUUCCUUAGGGAUCUGGAUGACUUCCAGUCGUGGCUUUCCCGCACCCAGACAGCCGUUGCCUCAGAAGACAUUCCUACCUCUCUUCCUGAGGCUGAGAAUUUGCUAGCCCAGCACGAGAGUAUUAAGAAUGAGGUGGAUAACUAUAAGGAGGACUAUGAGAAGAUGCGGGCAGUUGGUGAGGAGGUGACCCAAGGUCAGACAGAUGCCCAAUACAUGUUCUUGGCCCAAAGGCUCCAGGCACUGGACACUGGCUGGCAUGAGUUGCGUCGCAUGUGGGAGAACCGCCAUAGUCUUUUGGCCCAAGCCUUCGACUUCCAGACUUUCUUGAGAGAUGCAAAGCAGGCAGAGGCUUUCCUCAACAGCCAGGAGUAUGUGCUGUCCCACACAGAGAUGCCCACCAGUCUUCAAGGAGCAGAGGAGGCCAUUAAGAAGCAUGAAGAUUUCCUCACGACAACAGAGGCCAGUGAGGAGAAGAUUACUGGUGUGGUGGAGGCUGGACGGCGCCUCAUUAAUGACUGUAAUGCAAACUCUGAUAAGAUUCAAGAGAAAGUUGACUCCAUCCAGGAAAGGCAUCUUAAGAAUAAGAUGGCUGCAAAUGAAUUACUGACAAAGCUUAAGGAUAACCGUGAACUUCAGCACUUCCUCCAAGAUGGACAGGAGCUCACAUUGUGGAUCAAUGAGAAGAUGCUGACAGCACAGGACAUGUCUUAUGAUGAGGCCAGAAAUCUGCACAGCAAGUGGCAGAAACACCAGGCCUUCAUGGCAGAGUUGGCCUCCAACAAGGACUGGCUGGACAAGAUUGAUAAGGAGGGUCAGGCGCUGGUGGCUGAGAAGCCGGAGCUGAAGCCUGUUGUUCAGCAGACCCUGGAGGACCUACAGCGCCAGUGGGAGGAGCUGGAGGGAACGACCCGCACCAAGGCCCAGUGCUUGUUCGAUGCUAACCGGGCAGAGCUCUUCACACAGAGCUGCUCAGCUCUGGAUGUCUGGCUGAAAAAUAUUGAGAGUCAACUGCAAAGCGAUGACUAUGGCAAAGAUUUGACCAGUGUCAACAUCCUGCUCAAGAAGCACCAGAUGCUGGAGCACCAGAUGGAGGUCAGAGAGAAGGAGGUGCAAUCCCUCCAGUCCCAGGCUCUGGCACUGUCCCAGGAGGACGCUGGACUCGCCGAGGUAGAUGGUCAGCAAAGGCGUGUCACUGACACCUUCUCCAACCUUCAGGACCCUCUCAAUCUGAGGAGACAGAAACUACUCAACUCAAAAGAAGCACAUCAGUUCAACAGAGAUCUGGAGGACGAAAUUCUAUGGGUUAAAGAGAGGAUGCCCCUGGCAACCUCCACAGACCAUGGGAAAGACCUGCCCACUGUACAGCUGCUCAUCAAAAAGAACCAGACAUUGCAGAAGGAGAUCCAGGGACACCAGCCUCGUAUUGAUGAUAUCCAUAAAAGAGGCAAGACCCAGAGUCAGGUAGAUGGUGAGAGACAGUCUGUCCUUGAGGAGCGCCUUGUUGAGCUGCGGGACCUCUGGGACCAGCUGAUCGCAGAGACAGACAAGCGGCAUGCCCGUUUAAUAGAAGCCAAUCGCGCCCAGCAGUUUUAUGCUGAUGCGGCUGAGGCAGAGGCCUGGAUGGGAGAGCAAGAGCUGCACAUGAUGUCGGAGGAAAAAGCCAAGGAUGAGCAAAGUGCACUCGUGAUGGUCAAGAAGCACCAGACUUUGGAGCAGGCACUGGAAGACUACGCCCAAACCAUUCACCAGCUAUCCAAUAGCAGCCGCCUCAUGGUCACCAGUGAGCAUCCAGAGAGUGAGAGAAUCACCUUACGACAAGCCCAAGUUGACAAGUUGUAUGCCGGGUUGAAAGAUCUCGCUGAGGAGCGUCGUGGGCGGCUUCAGGAGAGGCUACGGCUGACCCAGCUGAAGCGGGAGGUGGAUGACCUGGAACAGUGGAUCGCUGAGAGGGAGGUGGUUGCUGGCUCCCAUGAACUGGGACAAGACUAUGAACAUGUCACAAUGCUGAGGGACAAGUUCCGUGAGUUUGCCCGUGACACCAGCACCAUCGGCCAAGAGCGUGUAGAUGGUGUAAAUGGGCUGGCAGAUGACCUGAUUGAGUCGGGUCAUCCUGAGAAUGCCAGUGUGGCUGAAUGGAAGGACGGGUUAAAUGAGGCUUGGGCUGAUCUGCUGGAGCUGAUUGACACACGCACACAGAUGUUGGCGGCCUCUUAUGAGUUGCACCGCUUCCAUCAGGAUGCCAUGGAGAUUCUUGGACGUGUUAAGGAGAAGAGGGAGGGGCUGCCCUCUGACCUAGGCCGAGACCUGAACACUGUUCAGCAUCUACACAGACAGCACAACACUUUCGAAAAUGACAUCCAGGCCCUCAGUGGACAGGUGAAUCAGGUGCAAGACGACGCAGCACGACUGCAGAAGGCCUAUGCUGGGGAGAAAGCUGAUGACAUUCACAGGAGUGAGCAUGCUGUGACUUCUGCUUGGGAGGGCCUGCUCGAGGCUGGUCAGGCCCGCAGGCUCCUCCUGCUGGACACCGUGGAGAAGUUCCGCUUCUUCAACAUGGUCCGAGACCUCAUGCUCUGGAUGGAUGGUGUAAACCUGCAGAUUGAUGCGCAUGACAGCCCUAGGGAUGUAUCCUCUGCUGGGUUGGUCAUUGCCAAUCAUCAGGACAUCAAAUCAGAAAUUGAGACCAGAGCAGACAGCUUUACUGCCUGUAUUGACAUGGGAAAUACACUCAUCAAUAAUAAUCACUAUGCAGCUGAUGAGAUCCGAGAGAAACUGACUCAGCUCCAGGAAAAGAGAGACAAGAUCAACAAAAAGUGGCAAGACAAGAUGGACCAUUUACAAAUAGUGCUGGAGGUACUGCAGUUUGGACGCGAUGCCUACGUGGCAGAGUCUUGGUUGGCAGGGCAAGAACCUCUCGUGCGAGCAGCAGAGUUGGGCACAAAUGUGGAUGAGGUAGAGAGCCUAAUUAAGCGCCAUGAGGCCUUUGAGAAACUUGCUGCAGCCUGGGAAGACCGCUUUACACUGCUGGAGAAACUCACUACUCUUGAGGAGCAGGAGAUGCAGAGGAGGCGAGAGGAAGAGGAGAGAGCACGGCGACCCCCUACACCGUCCCCAGCAGAAGAAGUGUCACAAUCCGAGACAGAGAAUCACCUUCAUGAUUCUGCAGCCAGGACCAGCCUGGACCAGACCACACUCAAUCAGCCCGUGUCAGUGAAUGGAGUACACAGCGACAAUGACACAUCACAGCAGUCAUUAUCGCUAUCGUUGUCAGUGGGAAAGAAAUCAGAGCCUAAGCGUGUGUGUAAGCCAAAGCAGCCGGAGCGUGGCUCAGAGUCUGAGUCAGUGAACGGACCAGGUAGGGACAGCGGUCUGGCAUCCUCCCGCCUUGAGCCGUCUGCCACGUUACCGAGCAGGGGUGGAGCAGAGUCCGAGCCAGAAACCAUGGAAGGGAUGCUAUGUCGAAAACAGGAGAUGGAGUCGCACAGCAAAAAGGCAGCUACCAGGUCCUGGCAGAAUGUGUACUGUGCUUUAAGAAAAGGAAGUCUUGGUUUCUAUAAAGAUGCCAAGAGCGCUAGCAGUGGCAUUCCAUACCACGGAGAGGUACCCAUCAGCCUUGGAGAGGCUGUGUGUGAGGUGGCCCAUGACUAUAAGAAGAGGAAACAUGUAUUCAAACUCAGGCUAGGGGAUGGAAAAGAGUACCUGUUCCAAGCAAAGGAUGAGGCGGAAAUGAGCUCCUGGAUCCGUUCCAUCCUCGCCUCCAUUCCAGCAGGAUCGGGAGAUUCGCCCGGAGGUCCGCGGGCACUCAGCCGUGCCAUGACGAUGCCUCCCAUUUCCCCCAGCUCAGGUGAUGCCGGAGGAGUUACCAUGCGCAACAAAGAUGGGAAAGAGAAGGAUCGUGAGAAGAGGUUCAGCUUCUUUGGCAAGAAGAAAUAGAACACUUGUAAAAUCAUCGAUGGAAGCUACAUUUGUUAAAAGUUCAACAAACUGAAACAGGCAGGAAGGAAAGUACAAACAGGUCCCACAAACACACACUGCUCUCAGCGCAGGUCCCAAGGAAUUUGUCGACAGCUUCUGUUUGUGGCUUACGGAGAACUUUGUUUCUUUUCUUUCUCUCUGAUUCUGUCCCUCUCCAGUUUUUAUCUGUCAUUUACUUUCUCGUUCACUCAGUCCAUCACGUUUAUGUGCACCCAACAAUGAAAGCCCCCAUCCAAGUUUAGUUAAUUUCAGCCAACCAGCAGACCUUAUCGACCUGAGUCAGGAGCGGGCGGUGGUUGGCCUUGGCAGGGAUGCAGGACUGCCACUAAAACAGCUCUCCUUCAGCAUGAACAUUUUCUUUUCAGUGAGUCUUGACUAGCUGAGGCGUUUUGAUGUUGCGUCAUUAUGAAAACAAUGAAUGGUGGCUUUCCACUGAGGUGCACUCUGGUUUUAUUUUCCCACUUUCAAACUCUCUCUCUUUGGGAAGGAUCAAAUCAGUCUCUUUUUCUGUUUUUGGUAUUGAUGUUAUUAACCUGAGCGAUAUUAUUGCUGUUGUUGUUAUUAUUAUUUAUCAUUUGCUUUUGCUGGUUUGAGAAAACAAACAAUUUUAAGUAGAAAAUUCUGAUUCAUGUUGUGGAGAGAAACAAAUUUGGUUAAACUAGUGGAGAAUGUUGGGCUUGCCCUUGUAUAUGUUUGUUUUUAGGAAUGACAGUUUAUGAGGUGUUUUGAGGAAAAAAAAAUAAAGCUCAUUCAAUUUUAGCAGUGUGCAGUAAGUGAUCACAAGUUUCAUUGGGAAAAUUAUAUAUAUAUUUAAUAAGUGGUUUUAUUUUUUAUUUUAUCAAUAAUUUUGCCUGUAUUUGAUUAUUUCUUUUGAGUGAUCUUAUCUGCUUGAGUUUUCAACUUCUUUUUUUUUCUGUACAAAGCAGAGAAGAUUAGUUUUCUAGUGUGUGUGCGUGCGUGUGUGUGUGCGUGUGUGUGAGUUGUGGUGCUGUGAAUUUUGCACGUUUAUGUUACUCCUGAUCAAACGUGGCCAGAUGAAUGCUGCUUUUCAGUCCGCAAAUUUAGACGAAAACCAGACGGAAACACAAAAGUAACCUUGCUGGGAUGAUUUCCUAAAAUGAGCUUUUCUUUGCUUUUGGUUUUUAUUGUAUGUAAGCUUGACAUUACCAAUGAAGUUCCUCAAGGCGGUUUCAUUAUUUCUGUUUUAGUCUUCUAAUAUCCAUUUCUGUUCCCUCCCUCCCUCUCUCCCUCUCUCUCUCUCUCUCUCUCUCUCUCUCUCCCUCCCCCUCCCUCUCUCUCUAUUGGUGUGAAGGCAUGGGGGCAGUUUGUAGAUAAUAAAACUAAAAAAAGCUGAAGCACAUUUUCUGUGGCAGACCGCAGGGACGCGAGCAGGACCGACAGACAGACAGCUGACAGGUCUCAUUACAGGUGAAGUGAGGGGUGUGGAAGUGAGAUUGGAUAGGUGGUGAAGAAUGCGCUUUAUGUGCUACUCGACAGGGAGGUGUACCGAGCCUUACUUGAACCCACUACAGAUACACAGAACCUACAAACCCACCCUCCAUUCAGACAGUCUCAAAGGAAUAUAAUGUGUUAAAAAUGUGCCCUGUGGCAAUGAUCUAAUGUAUGUCAGUGGAUUAUAUAUGCAGGUACAGUAUGAAUUAACAGUAACCAUGGAAGGCUCUGCUCACUAGCAGAUAUGGAAAAAUCCUACAUUUUCUCUUAGAUGAGCUUAAAGCUCUCACAUAUGUGGCAUGACUUCAUGUAAUUUUCUCCUUGUAUGUCUCAUCAUUGCCAUCGACUCUGUUCUGUGGUUAUGUACUCUGAAAACAUGAGAUCAUUUCAUAUUCACGGCUGGAGAGCAGUUACCUAUAUGUAAUUGGCAUUUACAAUAAUCUAAAAGAAGAUAAUGGAAAUCCAAUAUAGUCAUUGUAAAAUUAAGAUAGGUAUUGAUAAGUUUCCUCAAAUACUGUACAUGUUUGAAAUAAAAAGGGCAUUUAUAGUGUGAGACUGUAGGCAGUAGUGCAGAGACCACUGGAUGGUUUAGUGUUAUUAAAUGAAAUCCAAGUAUUAAAUAUGCCUUUUCUAACUGCCAAAACACCACAGGAAGUAACUGAAUAGGUACUGGAUAACAAAUCUGAAUUUAAGAGUUUUAUGGGUUUUCUUACAAGUAGGUUGCAAGUAAUCAAUUGUUUGUAAUUUAUUACAUUUUGAAAGUAACUGUGAAGAGCUGGUGAUUGCCUGGAUGUGUAUGCCUUGGAGGGCGGAUUAGUCCACAGGAUUGUCACACCAAACUGUUGUGACAAAACAAACAGCUGGAAGUAAAGUAGUAUUUGGCUGUAGAUUAAACAGGUUCGCCUUAUUUUCCAGUCCAAAAUGAAUGUGGAACCGGCGGUCUGUCACUCAGACAAAAGACUUUGUAUCGUGGGUGUGUGACAGCGCUUACGUAGCCUUAAACUAAGCUACGAUUUAGGAGCAAAGUUAAUAUGUUCAUUGCAUACAUAAGUGAGCCAAAGCAGUUAAUCGUACAUUGUGCACAAUUUCAAAUGGACGAGUCAUUCUUCCCCACAGGGUGAGCUGUUUUUUAAGUGACGGUUGCUACCUUUUCUCCACUCUGUAAAUCAGACACGGCAUCCAGUUGAUGUUAGGGGUUUCAAGUUUAAAGGUCGCACAGUAUAUUUUCUUAUCAGCUUAUUUGAAUGUGAAUGAUUCAAAUUAGUUUGGCCAAAUUGGUCAUGUGAAGCAAAAAUAUUUCUCAUACUUGACAUACUGUACACAAGCUCUCUCUCUCUCUCUUGCACACACACUCACACAUUAAUGCUGUACUGUAUAAUUAAUGCAGAAUGACCUUGGCAAUCCAGUCAUGUGGAAAUGGUCCUCAGCUGGCUGUGAUUGCAUAUGGCAUCCUUUUAAAAUAACAUUGUGCUACUGGUGACCAGAACAUAGAAAGUGUGUAAUAUUGAUGUCAAAGAGAUGGGUUUUUGGAUAUGAGCGUACUUGAAACAAUGGAGUACUUAAUGAAGAAACAAAACAACUUGUUAAGUAUUAGAUAUGAGUGAAAACAGACUGGUGACAAUUUGAGCUUCCUUUUUUAGAAGAAGGCAGGAUAUUUGCUGUCUAGUGGGAGCUUGUAUUUUUUCAUCCAGUGGUCUGUCUCGCAGCAUUUGAUAAGCCUGUCCACCUACCUUCAUUUCUCAUUACUUUUGACGAAUGUCUGUUCCUUCCUCUGUAACUCAGAGUUGUUAAUACCACUACUAUUAUUAAUUGCUAUUAUUACAUUAUUGCUACUGUUGUUACUAUUACUACUACUACUGUUACUAAUGCAACUUAUUGCAAAAAUUAUAACUGCUGUCCAUUUUCAGGUACGUGUCUGUAAUACCAGACCCUUCCACACGAUGUCAGUGUGCUGUGGAGCAUUUUCAUUACAAAUCGAAAAAUAAUGUUUGUUGACUUGUGUAUCUACAUCUAAUAUUAGGAAUAAUAAAACAUGGUUUAAUCAAAAA